UCAUACGACUAAGGAAAGGCGCAGACAUGAUCAGCAGAUAUGCUUUUAAAAUAUUGCACCUCAUUGAAAAUGGCGCUUUUUAUUCUUCGAACUCAAAACAUCUCUCAGUAGUCAAGAAUCAACAUUUCAAGAUUCAGAAUUGUUCUUCAAAAGCGCUACGGAACCAAUAAAAAUGACCGAUCCAAAAUCGAAAUUCUUGGAGGUUUAUUCUCUCUUGAAAUCACAGCUACUUAAUGACCCUGCUUUUGAAUUCACUGAUGAUUCUCGUCAAUGGCUCGAGCAUAUGCUGGACUAUAAUGUACCUAGAGGAAAGCUCUACCGUGGAUUGGCUGUCAUUGACUGCUACAAGGCACUUAAGGAAGGAGAAGAACUAACUGGUGAUGAAAUUCUCCUUGCUAGUGUGCUUGGUUGGUGCAUGGAAUGGCUUCAAGCAUGUGCAGUGGUUCUUGAUGACAUUAUGGAUAACUCUCAUACACGCCGUGGUCGUCCUUGUUGGUUCAGACUAGCAAAGGUUGGUCUUAUUGCUAUAAAUGAUGGAAUACUUCUCACCAAUCAAUGCCACAGAAUUCUGAGGAUGUAUUUUAGAGAAAAACCUUAUUAUGUUGACCUGCUGGAUUUAUUUAAUGAGGUGGAAUUCCAAUCAUUCUCUGGAGAAAUGAUAGACUUGAUUACAACUCAUAAAGGAGAGAAAGAUCUAUCAAACUACUCUUUGUCACUUUAUCAUCGCAUUGUUGAGUAUAAAAGUGCUUACUAUUCAAUUUACCUUCCGGUUGCAUGUGCAUUGAUUUUGGCAGGUGAGAAUCUCGAGAAUCAUGCUGAAGUGAAGAAGAUCCUUAUUGAAAUUACUAUCUAUUUCUCUGUACAGGACGAUUAUCAAGACUGCUUUGGAGACCCCAAAAUAACUGGCAAGGUUGGAACCGAUAUUGAAGAUUGCAAGUGCUCUUGGUUUAUUGUGAAAGCUUUAGAACUUGCUGAUGAAAACCAAAAGAAAGUUUUAUAUGAAAAUUAUGGGAAAGCAGAUCCAGCCUGUGUCGCGAAAGUGAAAGAAAUCUAUGAAGUUCUUGAUCUUCAGGUAUCCUUGCAUGCAGGGUGUAUAUACAGAGUAUGAGAGGGAAACUUAUGAGAAGCUGACAAAGACCAUUGAAACUCAUCCUAAUAAAGCUCUAAAAGCUUUGUGGGGAAGAUUUACAGGAACCAUAUGGACAGUUGAUAGAGCACGUAAUCCGGACAGAGCAGUCGAGAAUUGAGAUACAUUUAUUUGCAGCUGCUACCUGCUAGCAUUUGGGUUCCUUGUCAACUUUGUGAUUCUCUUGUUUUGCUGUCAAACGCGUGCUCCACUGCUACAUAAGUUGCCUGUCAAUUUUGGUGCUGUGAAGUCCUGAAUUUCUUGAACUUUAUUUUUCUUUCCCUAAAAUGAUAGUGCUUGGACAUGAGAGCUCCUGUUCUGGCAAUAAGAUGAGAAAUUUAUAGGGUCUGGUUAUAUACUUGUCAAAAAGUCCAAAGGCUUAGAAUUGUAGUCAUUCACCAAAAGUAGAGUAAAAUUUCUGCUUAGCACUCACUGGUUUGUUAUUAUAACUUUAGAAUUUGUAUUUCUUUCUUUUUUGUUCUUUUUUUUUUUUUUCAUUUUAUUUUAAUACCAGAAUCUUGUGUGAUGUUCAACUCAAACUAUAUAUGAUCUUAAUAAUAUUAUGAUCUUCUUUUUCA